UUUUCGGUCGCGGAGCAGUUGCGCCCUCUGUUGGUUCGCUGUCAGUCCUACAGCAACAUCGUAGGCUGGAUUGACGGGGAAGGAUGUGGUCCUUUUUCGCACGGGAUCCUAUCAAAGACUUCAACUAUGAGAUUUUACCCGAAAACCAAGAAAAGUCAGGCAUAUGGACCCUUAGUCGGGGCAAGCGCAAGACAACUGGUGAGCCAGUGUCAGUCUUCCUGUAUGAGGUUUCCCAGGGAACAGAGGAGCAGACACAGCUGGCUAAAGCAGCUUUCAAACGCACAAAAACUCUCAGACAUCCCAACAUCUUGUCUUACGUAGAUGGGUUGGAGACAGAGAAAAGCUUGUACAUCGUCACCGAGCCAGUGACGACUCUGGCUGCUCACCUGAAGCUCCAGGCGGAGAAGGGAGGUGCGAGUGAUUUAGAGGUGUCAUGGGGCCUUCAUCAGAUUGUCAAAGCACUGAGCUUCUUGGUGAACGAUUGCCAUCUCAACCAUAAUAACUUGGGCAUGUGGGCUGUCUUUGUGGACCGUGCUGGUGAAUGGAAACUUGGAGGGUUGGAUCAUGUGACCUCAGACCAGGGAGACUCCACUUCCUUACCGCCACCUAAAGUGAUCAGCCCCGACUUAGAGAGAUAUGACCCUCCAGAGAGCCCUGGCAAUGGUGGAGAUAAAUGGACAGGGGACGUGUGGCGUCUCGGUUGUCUCAUUUGGGAAGUAUUUAAUGGAAGUUUACCACGUGCCUCCUCAUUACGAUCUCUCGGCAAGAUUCCAAAGCAGUUAGUGCCGCAUUACUGUGAGUUAGUUGGAGCAAACCCAAAGAUUCGUCCCAACCCUGCACGUUUCUUACUGAACUGCAGAUCUCCUGGAGGCUUUAUGAACAACAGCUUUGUGGAGAGCUGUCUGUUUCUGGAAGAGAUACAGAUUAAAGAACCUGCAGAGAAGCAGCAGUUUUUCCAGGACCUAAGUGAGAAUCUCGACUCUUUUCCUGAAGAUUUCUGUAAACAUAAAGUGCUGCCUCAGCUCCUUACAGCCUUCGAGUUCGGCAAUGCUGGCGCUGUCGUCCUCACACCAUUAUUUAAGGUAGGGAAGUAUUUGUCAGCUGAGGAGUACCAGCAGAAAAUCAUCCCAGUCAUAGUGAAGAUGUUCUCCUCUACCGACCGUGCCAUGAGGAUACGACUGCUACAGCAGAUGGAGCAGUUUAUUCAGUAUUUGAAUGAAGCAGCAGUUAACUCACAGAUUUUUCCACACGUGGUUCAUGGCUUCACAGACACAAACCCUGCCAUCCGAGAGCAGACUGUAAAGUCCAUGCUACUGUUGGCCCCUAAAUUAAAUGAAACCAAUUUAAAUCAAGAGUUGAUGCGUCACUUUGCACGACUCCAGGCCCGGGACGAUCAGGGCCCCAUCCGCUGCAACACCACUGUUUGCCUGGGCAAAAUCGCCCCCUACCUCAAUGCUGGGAUGCGCCAGCGUGUAUUAAUCUCUGCAUUCUCACGGGCAGCUAAAGACCUGUUUCCUGCCUCACGUGCAGCAGGCGUCCUGGGGUUUGCUGCCACCCAUCAGUACUAUAGUGUGGCAGAAAGCGCCAAUCGUAUUCUGCCCACACUGUGCACACUGACUGUGGACCCAGACAAAAACGUCAGAGAUCAGGCGUUCAAAGCCAUAAAAAGUUUCCUCAGUAAGCUGGAGACAGUUUCUGAAGACCCCUCUAAACUAGCUGAAAUAGAAUUGACCCUUGCACGUAGCGUCCAAUCAGAGACCUCAAAUGAGGAGACAGUGGAGCCAGAUGGGGAUCGGUGGGACGAUGAAGACUGGGGAAGCAUUGAGGACCCUGAAAAGGUCCAAACAGAUCCAGACGAUUGGCAUUCUGAUUGGUCAGCAAUGUCAUCAACACAGAAGAAAAGCAGUGUGGGCCGGAAGUCCUCUGAGGCAGUCAAGAAGCAGAGUUCUGAUUGGAGCUCUGGCUGGGAUGCCGAUGACAGCUGGUCUAAUGAGAAAGACGCAGAUGGUCAGGGUCAAAGUUCACCUGCUGAUGAGGGCUGGGGUAAUGACUGGGAUGAGGAUGGAAGUCUGGCUGAGAGUUUCACCCCAACACCUCGAAGUAUAGCCUCAACCGAAGCUCCAAAGAGUGGCAGAUUAAGCUCUGCGCAGGAAGGGGUACGAUUGGCCAGCGAUUAUAAAUGGGAUGGAGCGGAAGGAAAAUCAACAACAUCCGAUCUGUUGUCCAUUGUGUCACAACGAAGUACUACGAAGUCUGAUGGCUGGGAUGCAGACUGUGCUGGAGACUGGGGAACAGAAGAAAACUGGGAGUCACUGGAUGGAGAUCAGGGUUUAAGUAAAGCAGAAUUAGUAAAGAAGAAACGAGAAGAGCGGCGGAAAGAGCUGGAGGCCAAACGGGCAGAGCGCAAGGCGGCAAAGGGUCCUCUCAAACUGGGCGCACGCAAACUGGACUGAGCACUUGAGGUACAACAGAUCAUUGACACUUUGAAGAUGAAGGGACUGCGAGAUUUUAAAGAAACAUUCUGUGAUGUACGCUGGGCAACUUGAAAGAACUAAAAUUCAGCCGUGUCUGCUGACUGAGGAACAGCUAACACACCUUAAACUAUGAUGUUCCUUUACUCUCCCCACAGUACCAUGAUUUUUAUAAUACACAAUAUCAUAGUUUACUGAGUGUGCAUGAACUCACUGGUUUGAUUAUUAGGAGAAUAAUAUAAUCCUAUAUAUCUGUGUAUGGAUGUACACUGAUUAUACAUUAACUAAGGACCGCUUUGCCCUGAAUGCGAUCUUUGAGGACAUGAAAAUGGAUGAUGCAGAGAAAAUCAAACAUGUUAGCUGUUACUUAAUCAUGAUCCUAGAUGGAACAAUGCCAUUACUAGUGCAUGUAUAAACACAGAUGAAUAUUUUCAAAACAAAGGAUUCACUUGACCAAAAAACAUUGUAACUCAUGAAAGGCGUUUUGUUCUUUCUUUGUUUGACAUAUGACGGGGUGAGGGUGGAUGUGCUUGUUGGUUUGUGCCUUCUUCUGCGUUCCAAGUAAGCGGUACUGCUUAUGUUGUAAAAUAAACUAAUCAACAGAUGAUUUUAGUUAAUGAGACAGUCUGUGAAAUCUGGUGCAAUAUUUUCAGAAGGGGUAAUUAAUGUACUGUACACACAGAUGUAAAAUCCAACUUCAUAUGUAUUAUAAUAAAGAGGAGCAGUCUGUCUUUGGAAAUGUGCUAUACAGAAUCAUGUUGCUCAAUUGCUAUGUUUCACAGAACUUAGUCCAGCAAAUGGUAACAAAGGUCUCAUUGAACUGUCAGAAACACAGUGUUGCCUUCUAAAAAUAUAUAACAGAAGAAGUGGUGAGAUUUAUUUUCUACAGUCAUCAAAAAUCUAGAAAUAUCAAGGAAUU